GCGGUUGAAAUGUUCUCCAAUUGGCUCCGAAAAGGACCCCGCCAAGGGAAAGCCACAUUGCUGCCCGGAAUGGUCAAAUAAAUCGUUAUCAUCCUAUCCUGUUGGAUCAAUGAGUCUUGAAACCCACUAUAUCUCUUAUUGAGCGAGUCCAUCUCCAUAGAGGCCCACCGCUGUGUGAGGUUCCAGUGUGCUCCAAACAAGGGGUUGAGCCAAAGGAGCGAACCAUUGUCCGGAGAUGCGUCCAGGUUGUUUGGGUGACGUCUCGGGUUCCAACUCCAGUUUCGACCCGUCAGUUCUUCAGUGGCUUGGUUUGUGGCUUGAGCUGCCAUUGGGUCGGAACUUGACUGAUGCUUCCACCUUGACUACACCAUCAGCUCUCCGCUGACCCUGGGUUGCAUCUAUAGAUCGGCCUCUUGCUGUCACCAUCUUGAUCAGCCAUCCGUCACCAUUGGAACUUACCUUGUAGCUAGCAAGAAAACGAUGACUCUCUCACAGACACGAUGAGAACUGGCUGGUCAUUCUUCUCCGAGGUCACCUUGGAUGGGGUCUCCAGUCCAACGACCUUCAGGGGGUCUCAUGAACGUGCCAUCUCAAUACUAAUAUCCUCCACUUUGGCUAUUCUUUAGCAAAUGUCAUUGGCGGCUGGCAGGUUUGGGAACAGAGUGUGGCCGCCAACAUUCUUCGCGGCGUCUCGGUGAUGUGUUCACAUUCCAGUAGACUGGUCAAAAUGUUCACAUAACAAACCAAAGGCCCCAUUUUGGAAUGCUCGCCCUGUUGCACCUGAUUGCGUUUCUUUCCCUCUGGUUAUUGUGUUUUUGGUGGUUGCAAAGUCCAUUGGACUACUCCAGGUUCUCUUGACCACGCCCAGAUUAAGGGUAUCGCAUUGAGGGGAUUUCGGGUAUACCUCUCAAAGAACGCAACUUAACAUCAACAGCGGAUGAACGACUGAACGAGGCCAUCUCCGCGGUUCACGCGUGCUCUGAUACAAAUUCAACUCGAAUCAGUCACAUCGACUUUCGGCUUGCCACUAUGUUGAGCCUCAGCACCGUCGUCGCCAUUGCCGCGUCCGGCGCAGCUUUUUUCGUCGUCUUGGGAGUCGUCGUGGUCGUUUACUGGGUGCGAGUCCGCAAAGAACGGCACGCAAGGAGGAUGUUUGGUCUGAAAGAGGGAGAAAAUCCUCGCAGUAUCAAAACCUAUAAUGGGGAUACGUUGACGGAAAUCUCUCACCUGGAGGGAAGUGUCUUGAGGGCUCAUGGCCAGCUGCCCUACGGCAAACCAAAUGAAUGGGGUCAGUUGGAAUCACGCGAAACUUUAUUGCGGCCAAAGAGCGAGCCAAAGAGCGAGCCCGAAUCAUCUUGGCCUCUCGUGGAACGGGCACGGUCACUUCGCAAUUCAAUCCGCAGAGCCAGAUCAAAGCGCUUCACCAAAGGCGGGCUUCGGCGCAUGGGCUCCAUGGCUACUGUCAGCGAGACGAUGCCUAGCCCUUCUCGGUGUUCUAAAGAUGACAUUCCUCUCUCAGCGGUUGAGGGGGUUCUGGAACUGCCAACAGAGCGCACGCCUCGACAGACGCCAGAAAUCCCCCGGGAAGAAGAGGGUUUCCAUCUGGGAAUGCGGCCCAUGUCUCCCGCAGCCUGGCCACCUCCAGGUCACCAACCGCAAGUGAACGUUUUCCCUGUACUGGAUAACAUUCUCUCGCAAAACCUGUUUGACCCGUCUCCCAUGAUCUUCGAAGAAUCGCCCACUCGAAUUCGAGGCGGGAGUAUCGUCAGUCAAACAGCAGGACACGUCCCCGAUCAGUCCAUUCCUCCUCCUCCACCUCCCGCUGCUUUUCCUCAGGAGCGGUUCAGCUACUUGAGAAAUGACUCGGUUAUGCGCCUGUCUUCCAUGAGCCUCGACACAACCAACAGCUCCAUUCUAGAUGACGGCAGAAACGGCCCCCGAUCUACGGAGACCGACCUCACCUCGCCCAUCUUCCCAUCGGGGGGCACGUUCGUGCCUUUCAGCGCCAAUGAUGUCGGUGUUCGGAAUGGCCGCCGAACUUUCAUCGCUGCCAAUACCUCGAUGCCACCUACCUUCCUCGUACGUUCCUCAUCCACCGCCGAUGGCCAGAGAAAGAUGCCGGAAGAAGCUCUAUCUCCCCGUCGUAGCAUGACUACGGCAUCUCGAAACCCAAGUGAUGCAAGCAACGGAUCCAACGCUCUGCCUCGUCGCAGUGAAUCUUUGUCUUCUAAUGCUCCGCAAAGAAACUCCUCUCUCCGUGUGGGUACGCCUGGAUCAAUGGCUAGCUACCAGAACGGAAACCGUAAAUCCUGGCAGUCACCAACCUCGAAUCUGGCUCAUGCACCACAUGUCGGCCAGUUCUACCAAGAGCAACCGCCUGUAUACGAAAGUGAAUUGUUUGAGAACGACCCAUUCUACGGCGGCUCUCCAGCUUCCAAUGGCACGCUGUUCUCCGUCGGCUCUCCCAGUCAGUCCAAUGGUUACACCCCUCAAAGUCCCAUGCAGCGCUCCAGUCUCUCAAUUAAGGGCCCACUGCCAUCAGCACUCAAGAGUUCCAAUUCUCAGCGGAAGAGCAAGGGACACAGACGUCAAAAUUGCGUGCGUAUUUCCAUUCAUCCACCCAUGACUUUUGGAGGCCCAGCAUUCUCUCCAACGGUUGAGGAGGAACCUGAAGAUCUGGAUGCCAUGGAGGAAGUAGAUCUGCGUGCGAGUACCAUCAACGGUACAUGGAAUUCACAGCCCCCUCUGUCUGCCAAUACGCCCUCUUCUUUACCCCUAUCAAAACGUGGAAGCGGCAGUCGGCGCACAAAAUCUGUGAUUUCAGCGCCAAGCUCCCUCGGUCCAUUGGCUGAAGAGCCCCAGCCGACAUUGCAUACUCGAACCCCUAAGAAACGAAAGAAGGCCCCCACCGACAACCCAGAUGAUACACCGGUUCUGAUCAAGGGUCAUGCUUUACCCGGAAUUUUCACAUCUCUCCCACCCGCGCACGAAGUCAAUCUCUCGCAGACACCUUCCCCAGAGCGAGAGGACCCCCUCUGGGCAGCCGGCGAUGCCCUAUCUCCAACGACACACGAGAAUUCGUCCGGCAUCAGCACCGGUAGUCCCAGACGGCCGCCUCUCAAAGGACCACGCACCCAACCAGGCCGCAAGAACUCACCACAAUCUCAGGCCCCGAAAUCCAUGCAGCCUUUGAUGCGCCCUACCUCGCCCAUAGAGUUGCCACAUAUCACGGGCACUCAAGGCAGCGAUUGGCGAAAGUCAAUAGACUCGUUGCAACGGACAAGAACGAACGCGAGUACGGGGUCCUUCCGGGGGAACCGCGACUCCCAGGGCUCCCAAGCCAGUGGCCUUGAUUCAUCCAUGCGUCCUACUUCGCCCGUAUACGGCUCCACGCGCUCAACCGUACGGGACAAGGUUACUAUUUGGGAAGAUGCUAAUCGCAGUGCAUCCCCGCCCAAGCCUCAGGCGACGCAGUUCGGGGCUGGAUAUACUUUCCACUUUGACACCAACCUCUCGCCGACGCAUACGAAGGGAAGUAUUCCACGGACUCUCUCCAAGAGCGGGAAUCACUGCCUUCCCAUGCAUAUGUCCAGUCAUCGUGCACCGCCGACGCCGACGUCUCCCCGCCGUGGUAUGAUGACGCCUACUGGGAAGGGACUGGGUAUUGGGGUAACGUGUGCUACGCCGGUCAGUUUGUAUGAUGGCGAAGGGUUCUUGAAGGAGUAGAGCGUUCGGUUCGGUUCGGCUAUACUUAUACUUGCACGGCGGUUGUCUGCUAAUCUUUCGGCGUCGGGGGGUGUCUUGGAUCUACCAUUUUUCUUAUGAUUCUUGUGUUCAAAAGCCUUAUACCUUCCUUUUCCCUUUUUUCCCUUUUGCGCAUCGAGCACUUCGUCUCCCCCUAUAUUUCCUUCUCGUCUUUAUGCAUUUGCCUUUGCGCCUUUUCACGUGUCACGUUGCUCCGUCGAUAUCCACCCGUCUAGGUAGUCGUAAUUGCAAAUGAAGAUCUAAUUCUAAUGUCUU